AUGUCUCUCCUACGCACAAUCCGCCAGCCAGCCCUCCUGCGAUCGUUCGCUCCUCGCUCGUGGACGACAACAUCUGCCGUCUCGGUAGCUGGCCGCCGCUUUGCCCACCAAAGCUACGGCUCCGGCGAGACCAAGAGUGAUCAAGAAGCGAACCAGACCCAACGUAACGCCGAGCACCCAGGCCCAGCACCACCCAAGGCUGCCCAGCAAGGCAAGGGCCAGCAACAGCAGCAACCACAGCAAUCCAGCGGCGGCGACAAGCAACAGAGCAACAACAACAGUACGUCGAAAGCACAACCUAAGAUCCUAAGCGACAAUCCACCGGCUCAGGGCGAAGAGACCGAGGAUGUCGCCAAACACAACAGGGAGAUGGCACAGCGUGCUGACAGAGCGGAGGAGAAGGUAAAUAAUGAAGAUACGGAGAAGGAUAAGGUGCCCAAGGGAUAUUGGUCGGGCACGGGCGGCAGGGAUAGUCAGCCGUGA